CUGGAACUUCACAAAAACUUCCUCUGAGAUUCUGAAGGCAACAAUCUGAAAAGCAAGGUUCAUUUCAGAUUCAUCAUGGCAAUGCUGAGAAGUCUUCUGCUUCUUUUUGUUAUCUUCUCCAUGGGCAAUGCACAAGCUGAUUUAGGAAAAUGCCCACGUGAAUGGAAACGUUUUGGACACCGGUGCUACAAGUACUUCUCUCAAUCGGUUAAAUGGGUCUCAGCAGAGAGAAACUGUCAAAGUCUUGGUGCGGAUCUCGCAUCUGUGCAUGAUCAACCAGAGAAUGAUUUCCUGCUGGGACUGAUGCCGCCUUCCAAAAGAAAAUGGGUUGGUGCUCAUGAUGGUGAACAAGACGGAGAGUGGUUUUGGAGUGAUGGAUCUGUGUAUGACUACGACCACUGGUGCUCUGGAGAACCUAGCAAUAGUGUUUCCGAGAACUGUUUGGAGCUCAACUUUACCCCCAACCGUUGCUGGAACGACGCUCCCUGUUCAACCUCAAUGAAAUAUAUUUGUGUUUUGGACGUGCGAGGUCAUCAUUAG